GGGGGUUCGUAACCAAUAUGGCGACGUCCAUAGAGUAGGUGUAUUUCGUCUGAACGAUUUGUUUAUCAUGACGAUUUUAAAAGAAUACUAAACGUUUUUAAUCUAUCGCAGCUGACCCUACUUGUACAAUCAUGGCGUCAAAACGUGGACACCAAGACCAAGACCCAGAUUACCUUGAUGAUGCCGAACCCAGGAAGUUACAACGCAGGCUUGAGGAAGGAGCCAAGGAAGCAACUGUGAAGAGAAUGGAAAGCAUAAUAAAACAACAAUUUAAUAUUGAGAUGAAAAACAAGGAGAAAGAGAUUGAUUUAAUUGAUCAGCGGAUCCAUCAAGUCCGUUCGAUGCUGGAUCGUCUCAGAGCGUGUGUUGUAGCAACAUAUUAUGGGAUGGCAGGACAGAAUUCAAAUGGAGAGAUUGAUCCUGUCAGUGAAAAAAACGGUCUCCAUCCAACUGUCCAGAAAGUUAUUGAAAAAUCAUCAUCAACUGUUGCCUUGGAAACUAGCACUGAGGAUGGAGAGAGUCGUGAGAUUGAGAAAGAGCAUGAUGAAAUGGAGAUUGAUGACAUCAAACCAACUGGAGCAAAAGGACCAAGAAACAUUGGACAGGAUACAUUUGGUGUACCAUCACCACUACCAAGGAGUAAAACUGAUGAGAUUCCGACAAACACUGAAUCAUCCAGAUUUCAUGUCAAGAAAAGAAUUGUGGUUGGUAAUAUUUCAAAGUAUAUACCACCAGAUAAACGAGAAGAAAAUGAUCCUUCUACACAUAAAUGGAUGGCAUAUGUGCGUGGACCUUUGGAGGAACCUCGUAUUGAUCAUUUUGUGAAGAAAGUUUGGUUCUUUCUGCAUCCAAGUUAUCGACCCAAUGACUUAGUUGAAGUCAGUGAACCACCAUUCCAUUUGACAAGAAGAGGAUGGGGAGAGUUUCCAGUGCGUGUUCAGUUACAUUUUGUUGACCCAAGAAAUAAGAAAGUGGACAUAAUUCACAAUUUGAAGCUUGACCGGACAUAUACUGGUUUACAGACACUUGGAGCUGAAACGGUUGUUGAUGUAGAACUGGAUAGGUACUCAAUUGAUGAGAUCCAAAACACAACACAUAUAACCAAACAAGCAAACCAUGACAUCUCUGAACCAAUUGGCACCCUUGCAAUUUCUGAAGGCAGUACAGUCGCACAUACUGAAGACAUCAAACCCAAUAUCAAUGUUGCAAUGUUAGAUCAAGAUACGACAGCUCCUCCGUUAAACGCCGCCCAAAUUGCAGCUAGGAUUUCAGCAGCACAGCAGCUAUGUACCCCUAGGAGCGGUAAAUCACAGUAUUCGAAAAAGAAUGGACAGGAAGUAAUGGCAACUACUGGUAACACAGUGCAGGAUGGGUCAAAACUGGUUUCCAAGGCAUCCACAUCUGUCUUAUCCAUAGCAACGGGCACAUUGUCCAUGCCUCCGUUAGGUCCGAUCGGCAGCGCUAAAAAUCCAGCUGCAGUCACGGUUGUUACAAAUACUGUAACGUCUACUGUGAAACCGAACGUGAAUGUCAGUGCAAACGUUCAGCAUGUACAAGCAAAUGUUCAACAGGUGCAUGCGCAAAAACAGCUCUCUUUGAAAAAUGCAUCCUCCGGCAACUUUGUUAUGUUAACUACAGCACCCCAAGUAGCUGGUAGUGCCACUGUCAGUACCCCAUCAUCUAAUACCAUGGCAACAAAAGUUUGGAUCAACCAGGGUAAAGUUCAGAUGUCAAGUCCAGGUGUAGUCGCUGUUGGAAAUGUUGGUGUCAAGUCUAAACCAACGUCUUCUUUGCAGAUAACAUCACAACAAAGCAUAGGUGGUGGAAAAGUCAUGCAAGGGAAAACAAUUACCAAAAUGGCCACCCCAAGUCGACCAGCUCCAAAAGCAGAAAUAGUAUCGCCAACUGUUAUACAGACACAGCCUGGUAUCAUAGCAACAGCUCCGGCUAGACCCACUGGACAAGCAGCUGUUGCUAUGCCAACUGCUAUUGCGGUGCCAACUGGUGUUACCAUGACAGGACCUGGUGUUGCUAUGGGAACACAAUAUUUCAUUGCUGCUAAAUCAACUGACCCUAGUUUGCAAGGCAAGAUGAUACUGAUACCCCACCAAGCUCUUAUUCAGGCAACUGGACAGCGAUUAGUUGCAUCGGUCACUCAACAGAUUCCUGGUCAGAAUGUCCAGAAUGUACGUCUCCGGGGAGCGACAGGUCAGGGACCAAGAAUGACAUCUCCAGGUCAAGUCAUUGCCGGGAAGAAUGCCCCAGGAAUGCAAAGAGUUUCUACACCGCAAAUACAGGGGAAAGUUCCGAGUGCUCAAAUAAGAGGUCAAAGUGCACAGGUCAGAGGUCAAACUGUGCAGGUGAGGGGAGCAUUCCCUAUUCCUCCAGGAAAUGUGAUUUUAAUCCCUCAAGGUGCUAACAUUCCUGGCAUCCAACCAGGAAGCAUUGUGCAAAUCCAGCAGACACUUCCCGUCUCUAAGGCACCUACAGUAAGUGGGAAGCCGGGAAUGGUGAAAGCUACGACCACAGGCGCCCCAAUGAAAACGGCAGUGCAGAUAACACCAGCAUCUAGUACAACAAUCCUCCCCAUUUCCGGAGCUCAACAGAAUACUACAUUAAAAGUGACCUCAACUGGGAUUACAGCUCAGCAACCAAUACCAACACCAUCGCGGACUGUCUUGAUGCCGCAGAAUGCACCAGCCAAAGUUUUACCUGGUACAAGACUAGUGUUGUCACAACCAGCAAUAUCAAACCUAUCCCAGCCUGCUGGAGUUUUACAAACUUCCAGCAUCAUCGGCAACAGAGUCUCCUCCCAGGCAAUUAAAGUGGAGACACCCGCCCCUGACCAUGAUACUGAUACCGUUCUGCACAAUAAAGGUACUGCGCCAGUCAAAUUAAGAAGAGUGAUACCUGUAAUCAAACCAGAAUUUGCCAUUCCAUCUACAAGGUCCAUUGCAACAACUAAAAUUGCCCUGACAGAAAAGCCACCUGCUGUUAAUAUAACAAAGCCCACCACCACCUUCAUUGGCCCAAGACUCCCUGUCAGUACUGUCAGACAGAAACUAAAAGAUGGUUGCCUAGCAAUGAGUAAAACAAUCAGUCUUGAUAAAGUACAGUCUAUUGAAGAUAUUGUUCAUACUCUUAUCAAGCGUAAUCCACUUAUCAAUAAGCACAGGGUUCAACAUGAACAUCCGUUCUGUGCCUUAUCCUAUGACGAAUACAAGUCAUGGCCACUCGGGAAACAAAGAGGUGCUGAGUGGAAGAGAGCUGCUAAAGUCAGGAAAAUCCUUCUACAAAUUAUUAAAAACUCGGAAAAAUUCACGGAAAAAGAUGUAUGGAGUACAAAAAGGAUUCUUACAUGGAGUAGAAAACAUGGUUAUGCAGUCUCAGACAUAGUUGACAGAGAUGCAGUUAUGUGUGAAAUUUGUGGUUAUGUGAAGAUUGCAAGGAAUGUCUCCAGGGAAACAAAAUAUAACAAUGGAAAGAGAACAAUAAGAAACAAUGAAGAGAAAGAUGAAAGUGAUGAGGAUAUGGAAGAUGAUGGAGAGGAGGAGGAAGAAGAGAAGGAGGAAGAAGAAAUUGAAAACCAUGAAUGUAAAAUAACCUGGCUCAAUGAAUCAGGUUACCUAGCCAAUCCGUCCCUCAGCACUUGUGACGAUCUCUGUCAAAAUAUCCAAAAACAACAAUCAGAACUAAAAGUCUUGGAUUCUGACUCUGAUGUGGAGGUUGACGUUCUGAGUAUCACCGACAACCGAAAAUUGCAAAUUAAAAAAGAAUUAUCAGAUACUGAGGGCACAGUUCAGAUGUAUCUACCUUCCACUCUUCAUACAGAGUAUGUACAGAAUGCUGUACAAGAGAUUGGUGUCAAGUUACCUCCCGUUGAAGUUUCUAAAGAUACCUUUGCACCAGUAAUGGAAGAAAUGUUAUUAACUGCUAUGAUUGAUUUCAUGAAUGAUCUUUUGAGAGAUUCUCUAUCAGUUGCACAUGGGAACAAAACUGACAACAGAUGUCCGGGUCAGGUAUUACCAGUCCAUGUCUACCAAGCAGUUCUCAACCAAUCAAAAUACAGCUUUCUCACAAAUAAACACUUAGGAGUUGUUCCAUUGGACAAAGACAAUGCAGGAACGAAGAGAUAAUUUAUGCAUACGUCUAAAUUGUGUAUAAAAUAAUCUAAUUAAAAUAUCAUAUUAUCU